AUGUCCACAAACGACAUCCGAGGCCGACUAGCCCUAAUAACCGGUGCCUCCGGAGGCAUCGGCUCCGCCUGCGCCCACAAACUCGCCGAAAAUGGCGCCCACCUAGCCCUCACUUACUCCACCAAUCUUGCCGCGAUACAAUCCCUCCACGCAGAUCUGCAAUCUCGCCAUCCUGAUCUUCGCAUUUCCACCCACAAAGUCGACCUCCGCUCCGCAACCGACAUCGCCUCAUUAUUCGACCAAAUCAUUGCCCAACAUGAUGGCCACAGCCCCGAGAUCCUCAUCUCCAACGCAGGCACUGGCAAACGAAUCACCAAUAUCUGGGACAUCGACCUAUCAGACUUCGACGACAUGAUCACUACUAAUCUCCGCGCAUCGUUUAUUCUAGUGAAGGGCGUGGUCGAACACAUGAAGGCGCAACGUUGGGGACGUAUUGUUUUCAUGUCGUCUAUUGCCGCGUAUGGGGGUGGUAUUAAUGGGUGUCAUUAUGCAGCCUCCAAAGGCGGCCUCACCGGCAUGAUGAAGAAUCUUGCUACCAGACUAGCUGAGUUUAAUAUCAGCGUGAAUGAUGUCGCUCCCGCAAUGAUUGGGGAUACGGGGAUGAUACCGAAUGCCGAGGCUGUGCCGGAGGUGGUGAAGGGGAUCCCGUUGGGGAGGCUGGGGACGCCGGAGGAGACGGCGAAUGUGGUUCUGAUGUUAGUUACCACGGGGUAUAUGACGGGGCAGAGUCUUCUGCUGGCGGGGGGGUUGAGAUGA